GUUGUCUGUCAUUCGCACGCCUUAAAACAAUUCCGCACUGUUCUGUUCGUUCUGUGUUCUAUGCGGGAUUGAGCGAUACAUUUUGACAGACAUUGUUAUAUUAUUUUCCAUUCAGUCUUUAUUUAACAGACUAACGGUUCGCGUCGCUGGAAAAAAAUCAUUGAUUCGAAUCCCGAAAUAUUGAAAUCGGCGUAAAUUUUGUUAUUAAAAAAAGCUUGCUUGCCUGUUUUGAUUUUUUGGUGAUCGGUUUCUUUGGCGCUACGCUCAAGUUAAAGAUAUUUUGUGCUUUUGAGUUUUAACACUCAGCUUUUUUUGUUAAAGAGAAAAAAUUAUUAUUUAUUUUGUUAAUUAAUUUAAUAAUCACCACUUAAAUCAAUAUGUCUCACCAUUGGGGUUACACUCAAGAAAAUGGACCCGACAAGUGGUUCGUUGAAUUCCCUGAGGCCAAGGGUACUCGCCAAUCGCCCGUCGAUAUUGACACUGCCGUCUGCAAGAAGGGUAGCGAUUUAAAAGUUCCUCAACUCAAAUGGAAAUACGUUCCUGAGCACACCAAGAGUUUGGUGAAUCCUGGCUACUGCUGGCGUGUUGAUGUCAAUGGUAACGAAUCGGAAUUAACCGGUGGUCCAUUGGGUGAUAACAUCUAUAAAUUGGAACAAUUCCAUUGUCAUUGGGGUUGCAAUGAUGGCAAGGGUUCGGAGCACACUGUCGAUGGUGUUUCCUAUGCCGGUGAAUUGCAUUUGGUCCAUUGGAAUACAACCAAAUACCAGACCUUCAAUGAGGCUGCUGCCCAGCCUGAUGGCUUAGCGGUGUUGGGUGUUUUCUUGAAGCCCGGUCUCCAUCAUGAGGAAUUCGAUAGAAUCACAAGCCUUUUGCAGUUUAUCAAACACAAGGGAGAUCGUGUCACCCUACCCAAUGGCUGUGAUCCUGCCAAGCUGUUGCCCAGCACCACCACUUAUUGGACCUACGAGGGCUCCCUUACCACUCCACCCUGCUCGGAGUGUGUCAUUUGGAUUGUCUUCAAGACACCCAUUGAAGUGUCCCACGAACAAUUGGAAGCUAUGCGUGACCUGAACUGCUAUGACGUAAAAGAAGAUUGUCCAUGCAAUGAAUUGAACGGCAAGGUGAUUAAUAAUUUCCGUCCCCCCUUGCCAUUGGGUAAUCGUGAAUUGCGUGAAUUUGGUGAGCACUAAAGGUGGGCCGUUGAGAGAGCAAAAUUAAUGACACACUGGCAGGAUGAGAGAGAGCGAAAGAAAAUAAAAAUUUGACGGUAUUAUUGCUUUAUUUGCAAUUUAGAAAGUAUUUUCCCCAAGGAGGGAGGGAGUGAUUGUGAAUUACCCCUCCUCUUUUAAGUGAUCUUUUUUGAGUUUUCGUUUUGUUUUUUUUUGGUUUUUUGUUUUUAAUUUUAAAUGUUUUAUUUUUUGGUUCUUUCUUGCAAGCACUGAUUGUUGUGAAAUGCACUGAUUAUGGCAAUAAAUUCUAGAGUUAUUUU